CGCUGUCGCUGAAUCGCGCCCGGAAGUGAAUGCGGGGUUCCCACCCAUGCGAAGGCCUUGGUAGUACGCGCCGCGGGGAAGCUGUUUUUCCUGGUCCUUCCGGCAUGUUUUGGCAAGCCCUUUCGAUUAUUCUAGUCCCACUCCCAAGCCGCAUGUCGUGCGCUUUGUGAUACUUCCCUCCAUUCAGCAAGGAACCAUCACUAGACGCAGCCAGACGAAGAAGGCAACGACAUGGCUACCUUACGAGGAAACGCUUUGUCUCUGCUCCUACCAUUUCAAGUGUUCAGAGCAGUGACAAAUGAACCCCUCAUAACCGGGCCUCUGCUUUACAUACUCACCCGCGGUCCCGUGCACAUCCGCGAACGCAUCCUCGAGCCGUUCCGCAAGAACCUCUUGGCGAAGAAUGGCGCAUCGCGCAUCACGACGACCAUCGCCAUUCUCAAGGUAUAUUUCAUCAUCGGAGUGCUCCGUCGUUUCAAUCAAGUAAUGAAUCGUAUUGCGUUGAACGGCUGGGCACUGCGACGACAAGGCGAGCCGUUCGUGUUCGGUCCCACGAAACAAGAGUUGGUCGUGAUUACCGGAGGCAGCUCAGGAUUUGGGUACGAGAUGGUGAAGGCUUUCUCAAACCUUGCAAGAGUUGUUGUGUUCGACGUGAAUGACCUGCCACCAGAGUUGGAGACACUGCCCGGUGUACACUUCUACCGGCUCGAUAUAUCGAAGUUCAAGAAGGUGGAGGAGGCUUGUGCUGAUGUAAAGAGAGUACAUGGCGACCCCACUGUUCUGAUCAACAAUGCCGGCAUUGCUAACAAGAAGUCCAUACUCGAAACCACCAACGAAGAAACCGAUAGGCUGUUCCAAAUCAACAUUAUCGCACAUUUUACUUUGAUUCGUGAAUUUGUUCCAGCCAUGCUUCGCAUGCGCAAAGGUCACGUUGUUACAAUCGCCUCCAUGGCAUCUUUUGUAGCGGGCGAAGGCCUUGUUGACUAUUCCUGCACAAAGACUGGAGCUCUCUUCCUCAACGAUGGUGAGUUCCCCUCAGGUCUUCCACAUAAUGAUUGUUCACAACCUUCAGGCCUUCGCCGAGAGCUUCAACGCAUUUACGUCGGCGGUGAAGCCAUAUGUACAACGUCUGUCCAUCCUUCAUGGUACCAGACAGGCAUUUUAGCUGGCGCUGAGGAAGCAUUGGCCAAGCGGGGAAUCAAACCACGUCCACCGGUCGAAGUAUCCGAUGCUGUUGUUGAGCAAGUUCUGAAGGCUAGGAGUGGACGUCUUGUUGUCCCGGCAGGGGCCGAGAUGUGGACUUCAAUCCGAACAUGGCCACUGUGGCUGCAAGACAUGGUAAGCGGGCUUGGUCGAAGAAACACUUUGAAGCAGUGAACGUGACUCAUGGUGGGUUUGCAUCUGCUUCUUUCAGAAUGACUAAACUGCUGGUUGGAAGUGGUGGAAAUUGCUCCUAUGUAUCCUAG